AUGGGGGAAAGUGUCCAACGACGGUCGUCUGGGCCGGGGGCCGGGGCGAGUUGGAAGCACGCUUCUUGGGUACUGUUGACGGUGCAAUACACAACAUUUGUGCUCUUGGUACACUACUCUCGAAUGAUGCCGCCCACUGGUGGCAAGCGCUAUCUCACAUCGACCGCUGUUCUCUUUAACGAGAUUGUGAAACUCGCCGUUUCCCUGACCCUGGCGUUAUACGAAGUUUCGAAAUCGGCACCUCCCUCCGUGCCCGCCACUUCGCUCCUCUCUACCCUCGCUGCGGCCGUGUUUUCCGGCGAUAGUUGGAAAUUGGCCAUCCCGGCUUCUCUUUAUACUUUGGCGAACUCGUUGCAAUAUAUUGCGCUCUCGAACCUGCCGGCAGCGACUUUCCAGGCGUCGUACCAGUUGAAGAUCAUCGUCAGCUCUGUGUUUGGUGUUGCAUUGCUGGGCAGGAGUAUUCCAUUGCGGAAGUGGGCGUUUAUACUCUUGCUUCUAGGAGGUGUUGCUCUCGUUCUUAUUCCCAUUAGUAGCUCUGAGGAGCUUUUGCUUGAGAAUGCGGCGAAGCACUUCGAUUUCCCUCGGUCUUUGGAGGAGUGGAAGUCAGUCAAGCAGGGACAGAAUUUGCAUAAGCGCUCCGCUACUUAUGAGGGCAUUGAGGAAGAUAUCCUGACCGCAACCCCGUCCAUGGACCGUGCUGUUGGCAUUCUCGCUACGCUUGGGUCUUGUGCAGCUUCUGGUCUCUCCGGGGUAUACUUUGAAAAAGUGGUGCGGGAUAGUGCGCAUUCCACAUCCCUCUGGGUCCGCAACGUGCAGAUUGCGGUCUACUCGAUCUUCCCUGCGCUGUUUAUUGGUGUGAUUUUCCUAGAUGGUGAGAAGAUUGCCAGUGGCGGGGUUUUUGACGGUUACAACUGGGUGGUUUGGAGUACGAUUAUUGUGCAAGCCAUUGGAGGGAUUGCAGCCCCGUUCUUUGCUGGACCGGCAUUUGCAGAUUCUAGGAAUGUUGCGUCGGCUACUACGAUAAUCCUGACGUCGCUGGGUAGCAUUUGGCUUUUCGAAUUUGAACCAACUAUGACUUAUCUCUUUGGUACCUUUGCGGUCCUUGUGGCUACUUAUCUCUGUGAGCUUCCAAGCUCAGAUGCUAAGCGUCCACCUCCAAUUCGCAUCGGGCGUUACGAAAAAGAAAGCAUGAGCGACGAAACUUCUCCUGCUUCUUCGUCUCCCAAGGAGAUCUCAAUUAAGCUUCCGUCAACGCCCUUUUUGAAUGCGGGCGUCUCAACCUCAAGGCCCACAUCACCCGGCGUUGCCAGGUCGGGGGCCUCGCGAUCUGCAAGUGGGGGUUACUUCUAA